ACUGAGUGAACAGUGUAUGUAUUAGUGAAUAAGAUCACUUGGGCUCUAAGCGGCAAGAUAAACGGACGGUACAGAGUAUAACAACGUUACGUUGACAAAGAUUACCAGCCAUGCAGGCGCAAGAACUAAAAGAUUUCUUGGAAUACAAAUUCCAACAAAUGGAGAGUAAAAUGGAACAGGAAAUAAACACUCUAAAGAGAAAAUUACCGACAAGCUCAAAGGAAAAGGAUAUCGUUUGGAAGAGAAACGGGCACAAACAGCAAUACACAGUCAACAAAAAAAAUCGACGAGAAAAUGCAAGAUGCACUCGCUGGCAUAACAAGCGGUCAAUUGGACCAAGCUGUCGACAGUUUGGAGCAAGUCAAGAUGACCGAAAAAACAAUGAUGGGAGAAACGACACUAACAAAGGAGCUCACCAGUAGCCGAACAAGAAGAGAGGGCCUUGUUACAACUGCGGGAUCGUCGGACAUUUUGCAGCCGAGUGCCAGAAACAAGAAGACAACAGAC